AAAUGUAAAUCAGCUGUUGUUUGAUUACAUUUUACUAACGAUAUGUAUAACAAAUGUUUCAAAUUGGUAAUUUCUUUUACGGGAUUAUUAUUUUUAUUGAAAAUCAAUGGCGAUAUCUAAUAAUUAAUAGUAGGGAAUCAUAUGUCAUUGCAUAUCAAAGGAGAAUAACAAAUGCUGCCACUGUGCAUUUAGAGACUCGAUAUGCAUUUUCGUUUAUUUUUCUAGUAAGAAGUUCGAUCAAAACAAACUAUUGUCAACAACAUCAAGAGGAUUUUUGUUUUAUAAUUAUAAUUAUGAAUCCCUUAUUAAGGAAGCAUAAAACUGACGCGGUUAAAAGGAAAAUACAUUUUCAAGCUGAUAAGAGUUUAGAAACUCAUGUAGAAGAUUUAACCGAUGAUGAGCAUAAAAAAAAUCGUACGCACAUUCACAAAUUAACUGGAGCAACAACACAAAAUGAAAGUCAAGAUAAGAACAAGGAUGAAAAUAAGAAUGAAGCGACGCCUUCAUUUAAAGAUUUUUUCAAAGUGGAAAUGACACGUAGCUACAUGCUGGAGCAUGAUGAGGAGCGUUUCACUGCACGGCGACAGAAAAUUUACUCCUUCAUACGCAUACCAAGAGAUUUGGAAAGGUUUAUAGUGUAUGGAAUAAUGCAAUGUGCUGACUCAUUUCUUUACAUUCACACAUUUCUACCCAUACGCUUUGCUAUGGCAUUGUGGAGUUUGAUAUUCCGGCCUAUAGCGAAAUGUUUUGGAUUGCGGCAUCGCACGCAGUGCAUUCUAACCACCGCUGAGAUUUGUGAUCUACUAAAGUGCACACUUUUUCUGUUGUGCACGCUGCUGAUGAUAUCCAUAGAUACAAAUCGUGUUUAUCACAUAAUCAAAUCUCAAUCAAUAAUCAAAUUGUACAUAUUUUAUAAUAUGCUGGAGGUGGGAGAUCGCUUACUCUCAGCUUUUGGGCAGGAUACCAUAGAUUCAUUGUUUUGGACCGCUACGGAACCAAAACAUUCGAAUCACGAGCAUUUUGGUGUGAUAACACAUAUAAUAUUUGCACUUAUAUACGUGGUGCUGCAUAGUUUUCUAAUAAUGUUCCAGGCCACCACAUUAAAUGUGGCAGUGAAUUCCAACAACAAAGGAUUGCUUACAAUUAUGAUAUCAAAUAAUUUUGUAGAACUUAAAGGCUCCGUCUUCAAAAAGUUCGACAAAAACAAUCUUUUCCAGUUAACAUGCAGUGAUGUGCGUGAACGUUUCCAUUUGUGUGUGUUGCUCUUCAUUGUGGUUAUACAGACUAUGAAAGAAUUUGAGUGGAGCUUCAAUCAAUUCUGCGUUAUGAUACCAGACUGUGUGGCUGUGUUCUUUACUGAGGUGCUUGUCGAUUGGUUAAAACAUGCCUUCAUUACGCGCUUUAACGAAUUGCCGGAACACAUAUACAGGGAGUACACUACUAGCCUAGCGUAUGAUAUGACACAAACACGCCAGAAGCACGCUUUUUCAGAUCAUUCAGAUUUGGUGGCUAGACGAAUGGGCUUUAUUCCGUUUCCACUAGGUGUGGUGCUUGUUAAAGCCAUCUAUACAGCAGUUACAUUCGAUAAUGUGGCUUCAAUUGUCAUCUUCCUAUUUUCAUUUGUGUUUAUUAUGGGUUUACGUAUCUGUUUAACGAUAUGUGCGCUUGGUAAAGCAUGUAAAUUGAUGAAGGAACACCAGGAUGAAAAAAAUUCGCAACCAAGUAGUUUUAUGAAUGUGCCACAUAUAACAACGCAUUCAGCACAAUCGAAUCCGACCGUUAAUUCGAGUUUUACUAAUGUCACCCAAACAGCAAAUAAUACAACAUCACGUAUUGACGCAGCUACAUCGCCUAAACAUCCGCUUUAUGGCUUAAAACGUUCGAAUACAUCUGAUGAUACACACGAACGCUUGUUUUCUUCUGGCUUCCACAGCACACCAAAUUACAAAACGUCUAAUUAUGUCAAAAAUCAAUACGAUGUUGAACUGAGUACGCAAUCGUUGGAGACAGGCGCUACCGCUAUAUUCUCCAACAGUGAUGUAGAUUUGGAAGACGUGUGUCUUAAUGAGAACGUGCUCGAUCCAAACACGAAUGCGUGCAAUGUUUCGUUUCCUAACGAUGAAUUAGCACGUAGUGAACCCGAUUUAUUUUUGGAUAGUAAUUCCAGUUCAUUGGAAAAUAUAAACAAUUUAUUGGAAUAUAAAAAGAGUCGCCUGGGGAGGCGUACACACAAACGUUCUGAAUCAGAACCUGCCAUUGCUGCAGCAACUGCUGGUACUAAUUAAUUGUGAGGUAGACAAAUGUUAACAUAAAUAUUAGAGUUAUUAAUACUGGACGGUUUCAUAUUUUAUUCCAGCUUGAUAGCUGAGUCUGGGAUGGGCAAAAUUCUAUGCUAUAUUGGCAUAAUUUCAACGGCAGCGGUUAUUAUUUAGUAAUUUAAUUCAUUUUAAUUUGCCUUUGUAGU